CCGGAGGAGCCGCCUCUCCCUCAGCAGCUGGCGCGGGCUCUGGCUCGGAUCCGGGUGGUGGUGGCUCGUAGUUCUUGACAUAGGGCACCUCGGCACCCUCUGGCGGCAGAUCGAUGGAGUACUCGAAUGGCGGCGGCGGUGGCGGAGGAGGAGUGGGCUCCUUGGGCGGCGGAGUGGGCUCCUUUUCCGGCGCCUUCUCUCCUGGCGCAGCACCUUCUCCUCCCUCUCCUGCCUCGGCGGCGGCGGCUGCUGCGGCUUCCGCUUCGGCCGCUGCUGCGGCUUCUGCUGCCGCACGCGCCUCCUCCAUGGCGGCCAACUCCUCGGGCGUCGGCGUGGGCAGCUUGGGCGUCGGCGGCUUGGGGUUGCGCGGAUUCCAGAAUGGCUCCAGGCCCACGAUCAGGUCCACGAAGGCCUCGUCCAGGCUGUCGCCGAUCAGGCAAUAGCGCUCUUUUUCGACGAUUAGAUC